CUAUAUUUUAUACUUACACAUUUUUUAAUUUUUAGUAUAUAAUAAUUAUAAAAUAAGUCGUCAUUUGUACUUAGGAAAUCAUUAACUUUCAGUAGUUCCAAUAUUAAGCAGAUAAUAAUUUCGUAUUAGAUUACAUAAUUUUAUUAUUGAAUUGCCAUGGAAUUCAUAAAAAGUUUGAUAAGCUGCACUUUUGUAAUAAUGUUUCAUGAAUUCAAUUCUAUGGCCAAUUCAAGGGAAGAUUUAAUACAAAAGGUGACCUAUCAACUGAAAAUGACAAAUAUUUUGUUAGAACAAGCAAAUAAUAAUCCAUAUUUGAAAGAUACGUUCAUUAUGAUUCUAAAUGAUUAUGUACUUAAAAAACACGAACCUCAUACAUGGGCGGAAAUUCUUUUUCCGUGUAGAGGAUAUCGAAUUCAAUAUGAAACAGACGAAAAUCUUAAGAGAAGAUUGGAAAUGGAGAAAUCGUUUCGAAGUAAUUUAUUCAUAAAUUCUCAUAAUCAAGACGUUUAUAUGAUUAAUGUUUUAGAAAUAUUAAACUACCCUAACGAAGUAGAAAAACGCUACGCUUUAAUUAAGGCGUUAGUAGAAAACAUGCUUACAGAAAAUUUUCAUGAAACAAAAUUAUGCGAAAAUGGUUUUGUCGAGAAAUGCGCAUUGAAAGCUUAUCUUGACUACAUACAAAAUCCACUUAUAUAUGAUCAAUUUGUCUAUUGUAAGAAUAGUGUAUGUACUGUCGAACAUUAUGCAAUGAAAACUGGUACUGAAAUUCUACUAUUGUAUGAUCCAAAAUUCUGUACAAAAUACACAAUUCAAGAUUCUGCCCAAGAUGUUGAGAUAAUGUCACAACAUCUACAUCACAUAAAAAUUUAAAAAAAAAUAAAAUAAAUAAACACAGGACUUCUACUACUGAAGUUAAUAUUAUAAAAUAAUCGCGUUAAGUACAAAAUAUAAUAUGUCAUAUUGUUAAUAAUAUUGUAUUUCAUUAUUCAUUAAAUUGAUUUUAAAUUUAUUUAUUU